AGCUACGAACAAAAUCGUUGACAGAUAUAAGCGCCUCUAGCCACAUAAUUAAGAAACUCACGGGUCGAUUUUUCGCAUAUCAACAUAUCCUUAUAGUACUGUCAGUCUCGUUUGGUCCUGUCAGCUGGUGAAGAAGGGGAGACUGGAACGAUAAAAAUGUCGUUCGCCGAGAAGAUAUCAUCGAUUAUGCAAAGACCAGGACAGGACCCUGUUGCCAAGGACGAUGUACCUUGGUGGAUGAAAUAUGCUGGACGAGGACUCGGUACCGUGGGUAGUAUAAUUGCAAUUAUUCUUGGAGGAUGGAAUUGUUUGUCAAUACUGGGAGCUUCUAUAGAUUGUUUAAUAAGUGGUAUGUGGCAAAUGGUGGCUGGUUUUAUAGUUGCAACAAUAGAAGCACCAUGUUGCUGUUUAUUUAUUGAUUAUGUACAAAACUUCAGUGACUGGGUGGAAAAAAGACCAUACUGGAAUAGAGCAGCUGGAUAUUGUAUAAUUGCAAUUCCUUCAGUCCUCCUUUGUUUUGGCCCGAGUAGCUUGUUUGGUAGUGGUCUAAUAUUUGCAACAGGUGUAAUAUAUGGACUAAUGUCACUUGGACGAAAGGCAUCGCUUCGUGAAAUGAGAUCAGCAGCGACGAAUAUCGAGGUUCCUUCAUCAAGUAUGCAAGCUACACUUGUUGAAAAUGCUCAACCAAUGGGUUUUACCAAUAGACCAGAUAGUAAUGUUUAAAUUCACAACAUUAAUUGGCAAAAUAAUUCAUCUUUUUGUGUGAAUGGUGAUAAAUGUUGUCUUGGAAAAAUAUUCAAUAAUUGAGCCUAUGAAUAUGCAAGCGUUUGAAGCACUUAUUUAGUUCUAUUAAUUUUAGUAUUUUAUUAUUUUCAAUUUAUGGUACUAUAAAUGCUUGGAUUAUUUAUACCGAAAUAUAGGUGAAGUAGUUCGAUCAUUUUUUUCCUUCAUACAUAAUUUUUAAUAGAGUUUCAGUUGUGGUUUUUGAUACUGAUAGAGAAUUAGUAAUAUUAACACAUUAUUUACUAAACCUUUAUAUGUUACAUUAUUUCAGUUUUUUAUUUGAAAUAAUGCCAAAGUUAAAGACUGCUAUAGAAAUUAUAUUCUGAUAGUAUUCAUGGGCUUGAUUUCUUGUGAUUCUACUUGUCUAUUGCGUGUCAUAAUAUUACAAGAAUAAAAUCUGCGAAGAAAAAAAUAAUUAUACAUUGAUUUUGGAUGUAGUUAUUUGUUUAAAUUUUACGAUUUAAAUUGAGAGAGUGUAAUAUUUUGAACUAAAAUUACAUUUCCAAAAUCAAAACAUCCUAAGGGUUUAAAAAAGAUCAUUCAUAAGUUAUAGGAAGAUGGACGAAUCAUAACAUAUUAUUUUAUUUUCACUUAUUGUGUAUACAUAUAUGUAGGUUGAAUCACGUGUAAGUAAAACAAUCUUCCAUUUCUUUUUAUUUUUAUUAUUUAGGGUAAAAAAUUGAAUUAGAGUGAGUAUAUAGUGAGGUAACAGUAAGAGAUAGUUAUAUAAUUUUUCUUCUUUAUUCUUUUUUUGAAUAGAAAAGAAAUAUAUAGAAGUAUAUAUGAAUUACCCUAUAUAUUCUCUCUGCCAAAUUAUUUGUACAUAUAUAUGUAUACAUACAUACAUUUAAAUUUAUUUGUAAUAAUUUCAUUUAAAUUUAUAUGUGUGGUAUUUACUUCCAUAUGGUAUUCUGGAAUCAAAAACUUCCAAUUUUUUGUACUUUUCAUGCUUUUGUGGUUAAAUGUGAGUGAUAAAUGACAGGAAAAAGCACUAAUCAGCUGCACUGAUAUUUUAUUAUGUCUAAUGUAGUUUCUAUUCAAAAUUACAAAAUUGUAAAUACAUAAUAUUUUGAUUAUUUCAAUAAUGUUUAUACCAGCUUUAAUUCUAUUCAAAAUUAUUUUAAUCAAAAUCAAAUUUAUCAAUGACUUACUUAUUUUCAUAGAUUUUUAAAAAAUUCUUUUUCUUAAAUUAAUAUCAUGUAUUUUUAAUCGAAUAAGCACUUAUUUGUUAAUUGAAACUGUCAAAUUACUCGACCAUUAUCUUUCCUUACAUUCCUAUUUUUUAAUUAAUUUAUUUAUUAAAGAUGUAAGACUUUUGAAAUAUUUAACUGGGUACUGACUUUCAAUGUUUGGUGAUUUUUGUGUUGCGUUUGCCAAAUAAUUCAUUUUAAAUGCCACUUUUAGACAUACAUAUAUUAUUUAUGUAGCGUGUAUGUAGAUUAUUCUAAAAUUACUGUUUUUGUGAUUUUUGCGUUGCAUUUUAUUGUGAUUGUUUAUAAUUAAGUAAACCCUUAGCAAUUUAUAUCCAUAUAUAAUAAACAGUAUACUAUAUUAUAUGUAGUGUUAAUUAGCAUGAAAAGGAGGAGAUAGGAGCAUGUAACUUGAUCAUAUUGCAUGUAAUUUCUGUACUGAUAUAUAUGAAACAUAUCUGACUUUUAUUACGUUUAUGAUUAUUUCAAGAUCAUAAAGUGUUUUUUUUUCUGAUUUAAAUUGUAUAUGUUAUAUUUUGAGUAUUAAAAAAUUUAACUGUACUUUGAUAACAUUAUCAGUUUUGAAUAUUUUUGUAUAAUGUUUAAUAGAAAAAGAAUAAUAUAAAGGAUGUAUGAUAUUAGUGAAAAAUUAAACUAGAAGUAAAUGUUCAACGUUAAAAAAUUUUAUUUCAUUUAAAUAGUAUAAAUUUUAUUGAACAUUCAAUUUUUACUUGAUGAAACAUGAUACUUGAGCAAAUUCAACAUGUAGAAAAUAAUAUAAAAAAAGUAUUAAAAUGAAUUUUCAAAUGAUGUGUAAAAUGUAUGAUAAGUUAUAUAAAACAUUUUAUUGUUGUUAUAAAUAGGACAGGAAAAUUUAUAAUAUUUUUCUGUCACAAGGAAAUGUAUUCAAACAUACAUGUCGCAUGUGUUUCUGACCAAUUGUAAUUGACAAGAAUUAAAAAUCUGUAGUGUGAAUAACAUGCAUAAUGUGCUGUAUUGUUUAGUGGGAUAUGAGUAAAUUUUAAAACUACAUAUUGUCUUCGAAGUAUACCAAAAUGUAUCUAUGUAGAUAUUUAACUUCCAUUAAAUAGAAAACCAGUCAAAAUAUUUAUAAUGCUUAAUGCACUAUCACAAUUUCAAGCCAAUAUGAAAUGUACACAUGAAAGGAAAUAGACUUGUUUUAAAUAUA